AACAUCCACGAUAGUUCCCAGAUCAAACCAAAAGUCUGCUGGUAUCCCAGUAAUGCUCGUAUCUACACUGGUUUUCAUAACAGUUGCUGCUUUAGUGAUCAUCGUAAUUGUUUUCAACAGGAAGAAGAGAUCCAAAAAUUUGAAACCCUGUCACGCUCAACAGAAUACAACUGCAACAGAGAAGACGGAUUCAUCGGACUACAACGUAAUAAACUAUAAUGAAAUGACAGAUAUUAGUAUUCUUAAGAUGAAUGAGAACAUGAAUGAAACUCAUACAACACAACGUCUAGCACAAAACAUUAAAACUUCAACUAAACAGGAAGAUAUCAUUUGCAACAAAUACGAAUCAUUAUCAACUAAUCGAAACUCAGUUGAACAUACUUAUGAAUCAGACUCAAUCCACUCCGAUCAAUAUGAAUCAUUAACAAUACAACGGGAAUUAGAUAAACAUACCUCUGAAUCUACAGAACAUGCAUUACCACAGGACAUUAAAACUUCAAUUAAACAGGAAGAUAUCAUUUGCAACAAAUACGAAUCAUUAUCAACCAAUCGAAACUCAGUUGAACAUACUUAUGAAUCAGACUCAAGCCACACCAAUCAAUAUCAGUCAUUAACAAAACAACGGGAAUCGGAUAUACAUACCUAUGAAUCUACGGAACAUGCAUUACCACAAGACAUUAAAACUUCAAUUAAACAGGAAGAUAUCAUUUGCAACAAAUACGAAUCAUUAUCAACUAAUCGAAACUCAGUUGAACAUGUUUAUGAAUCAGACUCAAUCCACACCAAUCAAUAUGAAUCAUUAACAAAACAACGGGAAUUUGAUAAAAAUACCUAUGAAUCUACAGAACAUGCAUCACAUGUAUCGAAGGAACAGGAGCUAUCUCAAUAUGAAUCGCUUACUAACCCUCAAGAAUCGCAUAAACAUGUGUAUGCGUCUUUAGGGUCCCCACAAUAACGUGAUCAGGCAAAACACGGAGUUGGUUAUUGAAUAUAUAUUUCUUAUAUAUGCAUUACUGCUUGAAGUCUUUCAACAUAAUGUAAGGGUUUGUAUGUCAAAUAAUUCAAAAUGAAACGAAUAUUGAUGCAAAAGAGGGACUAAAGAUACCAGAGGGACAGUCAAACUCACAGAUCGAAAACAAACUGACAACGCCAUGGCCAAAAAUAAAAAGACAAACAGACAAAUAAUAGUACAGAUGGCACAACAUAGAAAACUAAAGACUAAGCAACACGAACCCCAUCAAAAACUGGGGGUGAUCUCAGGUGCUCCGGAAGGGUAAGCAGAUCCUGCACCACAUGUGGCACCCGUCGUGUUGCUUAUGUUAUUACAAAUCCGGUUAAUAGUCUAAUUCGGUAGGUCACAUUCGUGAAAAGGGAAGGGUAUUGUAGUUACGACAUAAGGAACAUAUCCGAUAUCAUCUAUGAAACGGUUAUUCCAUAACGGUCAACCAACUCGUGAUGGCGUCCGUAAAAUUUACGAAGGGAUGAUCUCAACUUCACCAUUUGGAACUCUUGGUUUAAUAGCUUCCUUGUGAGCAGCAAUCCUCUAUCAAGGAAAUCAUGAUAGGAAAUACAAGCCCGGGAAUAUCGUAUCAAUUGGGAGAUACCAUGUCAGUGUGAUAGGAAUAUAUACAUAUUGGGUUCAAUUUAGACUUGGUUGUACAUAUUUAUAUAUAUAUAAGAGUCUAUAUAAAGCAAAUAACCAGCAAACAAAAACAUAUGGAACAUCUAACGUCUAACGUAUGGAGGGGUGAGCUCGCUUAACACAUAAAAAAAACUCAUUAUGUUAUCACAUUUUGAAAAGGGAUUCAGAGUCACACCGAUGUGAUGAUGGUUAUUUGUUGUGCCGUAAUUUUUGUCGGAGUAAUAUUUCACAUUAACAUGUGGUUUUUACUAUUAAAUUUGUUGUUGAAAUAGAGUAUGAUUUAAUUUUAUAUAUGUGACAGUUUUAGAUUUGUAGCAUAUUUAACGUUUUUAGAUACAAGUUUAUUUUGUUAUUUUAAGUAUAUUGUAUUUCUUCCUGAGAAUUUUCAAACAUACAAUACAUUAUUUUUAAAAACUCUUUAACUUUGAUUUUCAAAUACUACGUUUGUUUUGCAUUUCCAUUUUUUUUCGUAACAAAUGAAAAUUAUUUUUCGUAUAUGGAAAUAUGAUAAACUAGUCCUUAACACUAUUAUCCUCUUCGUAUAUGAGUUAAAGGAGAGCGACGCAUCUUCUAAAUAAUAAAUCAUUCUUCACAUAGUGAAAAUAAAACUUGACAAAUUUGGUGAAUCCUAAGAGCUAAUUAAUUAUUAAGACAUAAGUGCAUUUCAUUUCAUAAUCUUCUUAAUGUUUCCAAUCUCAUUAAUUAUAUUUUUAAUCGAGGUUUUCAUCCUGAAUAUGCUAUUUGACAUCAGGCAAGCACAACCAAUCAAUUAUUUGAUAUUUUAUUCCCUUUGCAAUUAUUAUAUAGGAAAAUGUAUUUUAUCAACGAAUACUUUGGUGUAAGCUAUGUUGUUUAGGAUGUCUUAAAAUGUUUUAUAUUUUAUUGUUUGGAAGAUAGUUGAAAUACAGAUUUUGUAGAUGCAACAUUUUCCCUACUGUUUUCAUAAAUUAAUAUUAUAUAUUAUACA